UUCCCGUCUUGUUUCUCUUUCCUCGCCCUCGUCUGAACAUCCCAAACGCUCUGUUGCCAGGUAGAACACUCGAAGAUACGUAGUCCCAAUCGCCCACUCUCAUCCAUCCCACCCGACCGCAACCAUGGCGCCCUUGCGGUCUUUGUUCACCGCCGCCGUGCUCUUCCUCUCGGCCGCGAAUGCUCACUUCGAGCUCCUCCAGCCGCCCUCGCUCGAGGGCGACCAGAUGAACGAGGACCUCGAACCCAACGCGCCCUGUGGUGGUGGCGUCGCCGACCUCAGCACAAACGAGGUCGUCGAUUUCCACGUCGAUGGCGAUGCCGUGGGCUGGUUCCUGGGCCACCCCCAGGCCAAUUGGCUCAUUCGCGGCACCCUCGACUCCAAAGCCGCCGGCAACUGGACCGAGAUGUACCCCGUCAUCCAGCAGGACGGCCGCGGCGAGUUCUGCCAGCCUGCCGUCAAGGCCCCGACGGCGUGGGCCGGCAAGAAGGGCAUCAUCAGCAUUGCUUGCGCUGCCCCAGACGGCCUUCUCUUCCAGUGCGCCGCCGUAAACUUUGUCUCGGGCGCCAACGCCUCCCCCAGCGAUUGCAACAAUGGGUCCGUGACCGCCACCUUCACCGACGACCCGAACCUCUCCGCCCUGCUAGACGCCUCAACCACGACCAGCCCGAGCCCUUCCGAGACCACCUCGGGGAGCGCGGCCCCUUCCCUGGUCGCGCGGGGCAGCGGUCUGCCAAUUGGCAGUCUUGCUGUCACCGCAGUGAUGCUUCUGAUAGGAGCGGCUCUUCUGUGAGCACCUUGGGAACGUGUGGUUUGUUAGUUGAUAAGCUGGACCGGCUGCGUUGAGU